CCUGUCGACCGGAAAUUGGUUUAGCCAAUGGAAAUAACAAUUGACCAUUUACUAUGAUUUAGACCAAUUUGUACAGGUGAGCUGAUGUCAGCAAGGUAAUAAAAUCAAAAUGACGAGCGUCACUGCAUGGAAUAGCAUUGAGGGGCUCCCUAAGCAGUUUAUUUCCUCCCUGAAAGUGCUAUUCGAUAUUCUUGAUGAAAGGAACUGUGGCUACGUGAAGUUUUCUGACAUUGAAGCACGAUGGCAUGAAGAAGGGGUAAGGGGACUUCCAAGCGGAGUAACUGAAGCUUUGAGAAAAGUUACUCCAGCGAAUGGAUACCUCAGUUUUGAUAGAUUUGUAGCAGGUUUAAAAUUGGCAUUAUUGACCAGCCAGAAGAAACCCAAAGAUCUCAGAGAUGAUAAAGAAAAUAGCCAGCCUGUCAAAGACUUGCAGUUAAAACAUGCAAGCAAACCAGUUGCUGCCCCAAGAGAUGCAAUACUGACAAGGUCAUCAUCCAAUCAUGCUCUAAACAGAAUGCCCUCUGGUGCAACAAACACAGCAGCAGUGCGACCAAACAAUGCCAUCUCAAGUCAUAGUAAAGAGAGAAACGGUUUCGAACAGAAGGCAUACAAAAGGACAGAGUAUGACAAAACAAGAGAAAGUAAAUCAAAUCAGACACCAAGUCAUUUACCACCUAAAAAGCCAAUUCCUCCUCCAAGACCUCAAAGAACCACUCAUUCAUCUGUGAAUAGUGAUGGACAAAUUCCUCCAAAGGUUCCCCCCAGAGAUAGAAGCAAGAAUAUCAUCAUGGAACUGAAGAAUUGGCAGAGGAGAAUGAACCAUCAAGCCAACGAUCAAAGCCAGGCUACAAAAAGCCUACAGUCCACAAAGAGUGAUUCCAAUCUGUUGGACAGAGGGGAAAGAGGGAGGCAGAACAAUACCUAUGAGAACAUAGAGCAGGUACGCUUAUUAAGACAGGAAGCAGUUCCCUCCACAUCUACCCCCACUUCACCACCACAACAGAGGCAGGUCACUGUCAAGAGGAGAGACUCUGCUCGCAGACACACCCUAGCCAAUGGAGUGGACUAUAAUAUGAUUAAAAGGAUGAAACAAUUGGAGCAAGAGAAAGACAGUUUACUGAAAGGUUUAGACAUGGUGGAGCAAGCGAGGGGGUGGUACCACCGACAGGUGGUGGCAGUGGAGGAGAAACAAAAGUACAUAGGCCACACCUCAUAUCAUGACUACAACCUAGAGGCUAACCAGGAGAGGAUGAACUUCCAGUCUGCUAGGAUUAUGGAAGUCAAUCAGCAACUCAAGACUCUCAUAGAGAGUUCUGAGAGGGGUUUUCCACUCCACAUGAAUUUGGCUGUAGGGCCUUCCAGUGCUCUAAGGGAAGAUACCACAUCUAUGAAAACUCUUCAGGAUGACCAGAAGCAACUCAGAAAGGAACUCCGAGAGAAGUCAGAUAAGAUUGUACAGCUAGAGAAAGAGAAAGCCUCACUGAUAAGGGACCUGUUUGAGGCUCGUGCCAAGGGAAAGAACCAUGACGAUACAACGUUCAUGUAACCUAAAUUUGUGUUCACAAGUGCCAAAGAGAGAGUAUUUUUCACACUGCACAAGUUUUAAACCAUAGUCAGUAUGUCAUAUAUAUGCAUCGAUAAAAUUUGAAGUCUUAUUUUGGGGAAUCCAAAGAAAGCACACAAAAUAGUACUAUCGUUUUUUCAUUGUUAGGCCGAACUUUUAGUAGACUAAGGAAACCCAAGUGGACGACCUUUUAAUUUGGUAGAACCUUAUUUACUGCUAGUAAUGGUCGUACAGAAUAUUAACUCUCUUUCAAUAGAGCUCUAUGACAAAGGUUAAAUAAGUAUGUAGUGUUUAAACAUUGUAUGUCCAAAGGCCUAUUGUCACAGUUCUAAACUCUUGAAAUUCAUAAAAGUUAAACAGGUAGCAUAAGAAUCUAGAGUCAAAUACAUGAAAGUUUAAGUAUUCAGUUCUUUUCUUUUUGUAUAAGUUGGCAUUUAACAAUUAGAGCUAAUAUGUGUCCACUGUAGGAAUAAUAUGUCUUUAAUUUUGUAUCUUACAUUAAAGUAAACCUUCAUACAUUGGAAAUCAUAAGAAAUAACUUGUCACUUUGACAGAUUAAUCCAUCCUUAUAUAGGACAUGUAAAGUAUCUGUUAGAGCUCAGUAUUAUUCACAAACAUUCCAUGACAGAAAACCUGAUAUUACAACUUUAUGUGGAGAUAUUAAGAUACAACAAAUUGUGUACCCAAGUGUGUUCACUUACAGCAAAAGUAUGUUGUGUAUUACAUAUCUAAUUUAUAAUACAACUAAUAUGUAGUUAAUAUUCCUUUUAUUUUUAUUUAUCUAAGUUUGAAAAUCAAACCAAUGUCUCAGCCCUUUGAAUAUUUUACUGAUUGAUUUAGAUUUAUACAGUGUCAUUAAUUAUGUGACAGAGUUACAUGUAAUUUAAGGAGGAGAUCACUCUGUAAUAUUCACAACCAAAUUUUUAGAAUGCAUAGAGCAAAAUGAGAUCAUUAUGUUUUUUUACUAUGACAUAAAAUAUUUUUCUUAAAGACAUUAUUCUUUUUUGAAUGUAUACAUGGGAUUUAUUUGUACAGAUUGUAAUUUGGAAAAGUCAAAUUGAACAGCUUUACAUUUAUUGAAGACCACACUAUCAAUUAAACAGAGGUUUUCUAUUUUAAGAUAUAUGUAUAAAUUGUGAAACUGGAGCAUUUGUAUAUUGUGCAGUCAUUAUUUACUAGACUAUUAAUAUUUUUGUUUUUUUUUAAUCAAGAUUGAUGACCUGUUUACUUAUGUUUUUAUACAAAAAUGUUAUAUAGUAUUUGUAAUGAUCUC